AUGAUAUCCUCGAAAUUAUUUGCCGUUGUGGUGACGGCGUCAACCUGGUGGGUUGUGGAUGCUGGGAAGUGCAAGCCGCAUCCCAACCCUACGUCGUUCUUAACAUUGACAUCAGGGGACUUACCUGCCACUUCGUACCCAGUCAGCUACUUCACAUCUUCCGGAGACGAUGCUCAUGUCUUCUCCUCAACUGAUCCUUUAAGCUCUAGUCGGCUUACCGAGACUGGGUCUUCUGGUAUCAGUGAAUCUUCAGCAAUGCCUUCGUAUCAGAUACCGACCUCCAGUCCAACUGCUUCAGACUCUACAACCGCGAGCGUCUCAACAGCUUCUUCCGAUAAUGUUAUUAUCGAGGCGCCAACCUUCUCAAGUAGUUUCACUACUGUUGUCUCAGUUGAUGUCACAACACUUGGUGAUUCAAGCACAACAACUGACACUAUCACCACCUCCAUUAACGAGUUAUCUUCAACUGAGGUCUCGUCUUCAACUAAGGUCUCGUCUUCGACUGGGGUCUCAUCUUUAACUAGUAUCUCAUCUUCGACUGAGGUCUCUACAUCGACUGAUGUCUCUACAUCGACUGAGGUCUCUUCAACUGAUGUCUCUACUUCCACUGAUGCAGCUAUAUCAACCCAUAGCACUACGUCUUUCGAAACCACGAUAUCUAGUGAUCUUGCCACAUCUGCCGAGCAGACUACAACAACCGAUACAGCCAUUCCAACCCAACCAACUUCCGCAGAAGCUUCUGAUAUUACCGAAACAACUGUGACAACGUUUAUCACAGCCUUGACAGACGUAACUACGACGGCGUCUACAACAGUGUUUACAUCUGAAACCACGACCACAACAGAAAACCUCUGGACUUCCACAACUGCAGCAUCGUGCCCUGUCUAUUCAUCCUCUCUCAAUGACCCAAGUUUCGAAGGGGAUAAUACUGGCCCUGAUAGAUGGGACUACAUGGGGCAAUUUGCUGGUGUGGCUGUACCUUUUCAAAAGGAGAACAGCAUGUCUGAGAAAGUACCACGAGCUUACAGUGGAAAUCAGUUUGCACUCCUCAGUGCGGGACUAGGAUCUAAACUUGGAAGUGAUAUGUGGAGGCCCAUGUCUCUUGAUCCUACCAAGAAGUACCGAGUGUGGUUCACAUUUGCGGCAGUCUCUGAUCCCGAUGAAGAUUGGUACUUUAACUUCAUAAUCGCCACACGAAUGUACGGUCACGCCUCAAGAGAAACCAUAAACGUCCCCAAGGGCUCUCCGUUCGUGUACAGACAACAGAGCACGAUAAUUCAAGGUGCACAAGGCGACAACUUGUAUGCUUUUAUGAGAGUCAAUGCCGGUUCCAAUCCCCGCCUGGUUGCUGUUGAUGACAUCUAUGUCGCCGAUCAUCCUCCAUCAGCACCCAAGCAUAUCGAACGGUAUUUCUGA